ACCUCAAACCAAUCCUUGCACUGGCAGGAACUCAAAAGGUAGACUUGGGAGGGGUUGGAGGAAGAUAUAAAGGCUGGUAGCUGGAGGCAAAGAGCAGCACUGAACGGGAGAGACUCAAGGAGAGGAGGAAUCAGAAGCACCAAAACAUGAAGAUGAACCUGAAACUUCUGUUUUGCCCUGGACUCCUGCUGCUGCUUAUUGUCUGUCAAAACCAGGUGAUGGCCAGGCCCAUUUCCAGCUUACAGGGUCUAGCCAAGCUGUUAGAUGAGGACCUGGAGCAUCCCCUGCUCUCAGAAGAGACAGAGCAAGAUGACAUGAUCCUAAGAGGUCCCUUUGAUCAGCAAGACACUGAAUUCCAGUGGACUCGAAACACUAGGGACCAGCCUGAGAGCUUGUCCAUGGAUGAUAGUGCUGUCCAGAGGUACUUCAGCAGCCUCCUAAGUUUACCCCACAGAUACCGAGGCAGAAGGAAAAAGGGUCUCUCCAGGGGCUGUUUUGGUGUCAAGCUGGACAGAAUUGGGUCACUGAGUGGACUGGGAUGCUAACUGCUUACUAUGGUAAGAGAAAGCAAGCGGCGCAUGGUCUGUGUGUUAGUGUAUAACUUGCAUAAAUAUUCAGAAGAGCAGAUUUAAUUCAGCUUUAAGGAAAAGGUGCCUUAAAGUAGCCUCCUAUCACACAGGUUACUAAUUUUACCCACCUCAGAAUUCACUGUCAUCAGAUGUAUACUUAAACCCCAUGAAUGCCACAUCUCUGUUACCUGCUUUCACUCCUGUCUCCAAGUCAGCCGUCCGCAUGUCACCUUGUCACAGGAGGCAGAUCACAGAGGUUUCCACCAACUCCCCAGGGAUGCUUGUGUCAAUCAAAGAAACUCUGAGCAGAACAGUGGAGCUGAACCUGGCCCUAGAACAGUAAGAAAACAGUUAAUUUCCAUGCAUGAAAUCCUGUCCAUUUAAUCUUACUUAUUCCUCUGCUUUCUUGACAGGACUGACUUGGAGGUUUCAAAGGACCCGUUGCCUUUCAGUGAGAUAUUCAGCCCUUAUUCAUAUUGGCUCCAAUCCAUCUACUACAUGAUGCACUGAGCAAAGUGCACCCCCUCUCUCCCCAGAAUUACUUGGCCAAUUGAAUACACCGUUGCUGUGUUGCCUAUUUGUAUCAGAGUCAUAUUUUGUGAACAUCUAUCUGAAGUUUGAUUAUGGAAAACAUUUGUGUGUACUAAAUGUAUAAAUAAACAAGUUUCAUUAUGGCACAGAUAAUAAACUGUUUUCCCGAAUUUGGUGAA